AUGAAGGAAACGGAGCUUGGAAGACCUGUGUCAAUUGGAGAAGUGUUCAUAAGGACACAUACACGGCCUGAUGGGAGUUUUGUUGAUCCAAAGUCUCAGAAUAUUGCUGAAGCGUAUGAAAAAAACUUAGAGGAUUCGAUGUCUCAGCUCAUGGAUGACACGUCUGAUUGUUCUUCUGAGCUUACCACAGCUGCAAAAGACGAUGUCUUCCUCAAGACUACGGAUACUGAUGAUAGGGGCAAUGAAUUCGGUCUUGGUAGUCUCCGGCGUCAGUAUGGAAAGGGGAAGAGGAAGGGAGGACCAGGGACCUCAGCCGUUUCUGUAUUUUCCGGAUUGCAAGAACAGUUGCAAGCUGCUCAACGCAAAAUUGAAGUCCAGGCAGCGGCUAUUGCUGCACGGGAAGUUGAAUCAGCUGAGCAACUUAACCGCAUCGGCAACUUAGAGAUGGUCUUGAGCUAUCUCAAGUCCACCGAUCCUAAAUUUACGGAUUAUGUGACACAGCAAUCUACACCAGCGGCAACUCAUUCACCGGGAGGAACUCCGACACCGGAAGUAACUCCGACACCAGAAGGUAUGGUUUCAGGCGGUGAACCCAUCUGA